AUGAAGAGUGGAGAUGAGCCGGACACAGAGCAGGAGAAAGCGCUGGAGCAGGGGGAACAGAUGAUGGACGCUGCUGAGGGUCACCCCCCACAUAGGAACACAGUCUGGCCUGGAGCUGGGGGAGGGAGAUACCGGAUUGGAUGGGCCCACAGGUCUGCUCCUGGGCAGGGAGAGGGGAAGACAGGCGGGCCCAUUGAUCUGAUCUGGAGAGGGGCGGGGGAUACUCUCCUCUCACCAGGAUGCCCUUCCCACCGCAGGUCAUCCAGGGGCACCUCCCCUCCACCCCAUGAUUACCCAGAAGAACCAGACAGUGCCUGUCAGGAGGAACCUGGGCCUGCUGCUGAAGCCUUAGAGACCUCAGCCCAUCUCGCCCAGCAGGAGUCACGCACCACCCUCUCAGGCAUGGGCAGCACUGUAUGGACCAUAGGGAGUCGCAUCAGCCACUGGAGACUGGCACACCAGCGGGGUUACCACGUGGACCAGCUAACACAGAAUCAAUCUUACAGGCACCGGCUGAGGAAACACGAGCGGGACUGCAAAGCAGCUAUUACCGGCGGCAUCUGGGGGCAAGGCACCCGUUCACUCACCAUAUGGAGCAGCGCAUGGAGCAACUGAGGCAGCAGCUGGGGGCUAGGAGCACUGGAUCAGAUGGGUCCACACCCCAUGAGCCCCCAAACUCCCCUGCACCCCACCCCAUCACCCCCAAUUCCUGACCUUGGCACUUCACUCUCUCACACCAAUGCCUGACCUCUGACCACCCUAAUGCAUGACCCCAUCCCUCUCCCAAGCACCUGACCCCCCCCAUCCCAGAAUGCACUGAGAUUUGGAACUUUGUA